CGCACCACUGUUGUUCCAGUUAUUAAAAAUAAAACGGGUGAUGCUACUGAGGUUUCAAAUUACAGGCCAAUAUCGUUAGCAACUAUUGUAGCCAAGGUAUUGGACAGUGUGUUGGAUGGUCACUUGGAGCAGCACUUCCGUCUUAAUGAUGCACAGUUUGGUUUUAGGCCGGGGCUGUCCACGGAAAGUGCUAUCCUAUGCCUCAAACAGACUGUCCAAUAUUAUACUAAAGGCAGAACACCGGUGUUUGCAUGUUUCCUAGAUUUGUCGAAAGCUUUCGACCUUGUAUCUUACGACGUACUCUGGGACAAGAUAAGUAAUGAGACGACCUUACCUUGUGAAAUUACAUCUCUUAUGAGUUAUUGGUAUAACCAUCAAAAGAAUAGUGUCAGGUGGGCAGGGUCUCUGUCGGAAGAGUAUGGGUUGGAGUGCGGGGUGAGGCAGGGCGGGUUAACCUCACCUCGGCUCUUUAACCUGUAUAUGAACGGGUUAAUCGAGGAGCUCAGCAGUACCAAAGUCGGAUGUCAUAUUGACGGUGUUUGUGUCAAUAACAUUAGUUAUGCUGAUGACAUGGUACUGCUGAGUCCUUCGAUUGGGGCCCUCAAGCGCCUUCUGGCAAUAUGUGAAAGUUAUGCGGUGGCCCAUGGGCUCAAAUAUAAUGCUAACAAAAGUGAAAUCAUGGUUUUUAAGGCAGGCACCAAAACCUACACGCUGCCAGCAAUUUCCUUGACAGGUGUGCCUUUAAAGCAAGUUAGCCAAUUUAAAUAUUUGGGUCACUGGGUCACCGAAGACUUAAAAGACAACUUGGACGUUGAACGGGAGCGAAGGUCGUUGGCCGUUCGAUGCAAUAUGUUGGCCCGCAGGUUUGCGCGAUGCACAGAAAAAGUUAAGAUCACUCUCUUUAAAGCCUUCUGUGUAUCUUUCUACUCAUGCAGCCUGUGGGUCAAUUAUACGCAAAGAGCGUACAGCGACCUUCGCGUCCAAUAUAAUAACGCGUUCCGGGUGCUGAUGGGGCUGCCGCGACACUGUAGCGCCUCUGGCAUGUUUGCCGAAGCAAGGACAGACAGCUUUGCGGCCGUCAUGAGGAAAAGGUGUGCCUCGCUUAUGGCCCGUCUGCGCGGCAGUCCCAAUCGCAUUCUGAGCGUGUUUGCUAACCGCUGGGACAACCCUAUGUUAGCCCGGUGGACGUCCAUGCAUGUUGUCAAACACUGCUGA